GUUGGCGCGGGCGGUGCGCCGUGGCCGCCGCCGCCGUACCCCGGCUGUGCGUGGGUCGGCCGCCGCUCUCCGCACGCCCCGCGUCGGUGACGGUGGCUUUGACCUUGUUUCGGCUGCCAGCCAAUCAGCGUCGAGCGCGGCGGCGCGGCGGUGCGCAGCCUGUGUCAGCGCUCGGUGCGUGCCGCUGGCUCGUGCGGAGCCGGCAGUGACCAGUGGAGCGGCGGAGGCGUUGCGUGGUGGUGGUGUCGCGGUGGUUGUGUGAUUGUGUGCGCGAACUAUCGAGAUUGCAGCUGAGCGUGCUGAGGACACUGAGCGAUGCUGGCGAACAAUGACUGACGCCCUGCCGCCGGGACUAUGGUAGCGUCCUUGUUGCUCUGGUGCCUCUGCAUGGCGGCACUCAGCCUGCCCCACGGCACGACGGCCGACGAGCCGGACCUGUGCGUGGUGGACCGGCUGGUGUCGUCUCCGUUUUCGGCGCGGAUCCUGCAGCGGGUGUCCUCGUCUGGCUGCUUCAGCCGGCGAGUGUCCCCGCGGGGACAGGAGGUGCACGUGGUGCGACUGUCGGCGCCGCGCGACCCGCACCGGCGACAGGCCCGCCGGAGCGUCACGCUCACCGUGUUCUCACCCACGGACGGCAGCUCUCACAGCCGUGAGAUCAUCAUCGUGCUCGCCUCAUCAACGCCCGUCGACUGGACGAUUCAUGGCCACAAUGGAUUCCUAAAUGGCACAUCGUUUCAAAUAAUUGUGACCAAGCGCUCUCAGGUGGUACGCUGCGACCUCUCGCCCUACACGGUGCGCUCGCAGCGCGUGCGCGGCCGCGAGGGUCUGCUCAAGUUCGUCAUGAGCCGACUGCAGGCGGUCACCUCUUUGUCGGCGGUCGGAGCUGCUGACACCAUCGACCUCACCGUGGGCAUUGAUCUGGAUGCGCCGGACACGUGCGACACCAAGGUGAAGAGCCGCCGGCCGAGCACCGGUCUCGUGGCGCACGUCUCCCGUCCUGUGCCGCUGCUCGGCUGCUACCACGGUCACCUGGCCGGACUCGGACACAGGGACGUCUAUGUCGUAGAAGUAACCACCGAGAGUCAGAGCUUCUGGAACAGCCGCGUGACGGUCAACCUGCUGCCGAUGCCGGACAGAAAAUCGACCGCCGGCAAUUUAACCUUGAUUUUGAAGUCGGCCGUGCCGGUGACCUGGGAGCUGGCUUCGGAUGGCUUCUCCGGGGAUCUGCUCGUUCUGACGGAGCGGCCGGUGAAGGAGACGCGACUCGGCUCCGAUGUCGCCGUGGAUACCCGCUUCACCCGUCUGCCGGGCUCGUUCACUGCGCUAAUGCUGUUCGCCGUGAAAUACUCGCACGGACCACCCGUGGCCUAUGUCCGGGCCGCCGCCUUCAACGAGCUGGACAUCCGACUGAACGGCGGCGCAGAUGACAAGCUGUCCGAAAUCCUGCCGGCGGACGAUGCCUCUCGAGUGCCGCUCCGCGAGGCACCAGUUUCGGACGCUUCUCACCCUCCGCCUGGCGACGGCGCAGGCUCGGCGUCUGGCCAGCUGCGGCGCUCCGUGUCCGUCUCCUGCGCGGGCGGCCGUCUGACGGUGGCCGUCCCGUCGUCUGACGCGGAUGCCGUCUCUGUGAGUCUCCUGCACCUGGACGACUGGGGCUGCUACUCACACCGGAACGGCACGCAUCUGGUGGUCAGCGGGCCCCUGACAGAGUGCGGUACCGGCCAGCGCCGCGACAGGAGCGGAGCCACCGAGUACUUUAACACGGUCCAUUUCGUGGCGGCCCCUCUGCCGGAGGAUGACGAGGAUUUCGAGGGCUCCGGAGCCGGGAUUGGCGGCGGUGAUGGCUCCCUCAGCUCCUGGCCGAGGCCACAGCGGACCAGUGGAGGCUCGGUGCCGCUUAGCUGCAUACCGCCGCAGGCAGAGCAGCCCAACGACGACCAGGACGUCACUCUGGACAUUGACGAGGUGGGCGCAACCAUGUACGACCUGGAGCUGGCGAGCGACCCGCAGUUCGCCCGGCCCGUCGAGCCCAACGUUCAGGUGGCCGUCUCCGAGACCGUCUACAUCAGGGCCACCCUCUUCAUGGCGCCGUACCUGGUACCGGUGGCGGAGCAGUGUUGGGCGAGCGGGGCGGCCUCGCCGGCCUCUGCGGCCGCCUCCGCUCAGGUAACCCUGGUGGACGGCGCGUGUCCGGCCCGCUCGACGGUGACCCGUCUGACGGGUCGCGACACCUCCUCCCCGGCGGCUGUCUACAGGGUCCAGGUGACCCGCGAGUUCGCCGCCCUGGGACCAUACUACCUCCACUGCCGGAUCGGCGUCUGCGCCACCCCCGACUCCCCGGCCCGGCAGCACAUUGUGCAGUGUCUUGAGGACCCGGUGGGUCACUGCUCGGCCGCCGGUGUAGCGUCCCAGACCUCAGGGCGGCGGCUGGCCUCCGGACUACAGGUCAUCAGCAAGGGACCCUUCUUCACAUCACUGUCAGCGGACAGCGACGGGGACGGGGACGCCGCCGGUCGGCGUCCGCUGCCUCCGAUGGGGGUGUCGCACGAGACGGUAGCCGGUAUCGGGAUAGCAGCCUUUCUGCUGGGAGUGCUGCUCAUGGGAGGCGUGUGGCUCAUACACACCAAAAUUGGUCCGACGAAGCGGCACCACUUCCAGGCAGUGCCGCAGAAUCCCGGUCUGGAGCCGGUGGGCGGCAGUGCUGGCGGGGGCGGCGGCGGCGGCGGCGGCGGCGGUGGCCAGUCGGCCAACUCGACGCCCAACUCCCAGACGCCCAUCAUCCUGGCGGGCCGCGCGGCGCCGCCGGCCGUCGGGGUCUAGCCGCCGCCGGCCGCGCUCCACCGCGCUCCACCCAAGACAUCCACAGUACAAAUGUUGUUACCUCAGCAAGUUUGGUUUGUUCCUAUCUGUUCUCUGCCAUUCACAGUCAUUGCGAGAGCCGCCUCGCGUCGGGGCGUUGGCGCCUGGCGGGCCGAGCACCCGGGUACGGCCAGCGCGAGCUCCAGGGGAGCGACUCUAGCGCCGCCACGCGGCCGGACGCAGUACUUACCACCUGUCGAUGUGUGAGCUUGAUCACGUGACCUGAGGGUGGGGCCUGACACACCGCAGGUGGGCUGGGGAGGAAGGGGGUCGUAGAAUGCAGCGCCCAGUAUCUGAGGGCGACCGUUUAGCGGGGGGGGGGUCUUAGUGUGCGACCAGAUGCAUAUGCGGAGUGCCGAGCUCCCGCUCUGCGCCGGAGCCGCGCCGGUC